CUCAAUUUGAAGUUGAAAGUAAUGGGACUCCUAAUUUGGCCCUGAAUUCUUCUAGCUCAACUUCCUCGUCUGGUAGCUCACUAGAAGCUGCAGCUGAGGAUGAUUGUGGCAUUAACGGUAUUUGAGUCGUUUAGAGAAAGAAAGGAAUAUGAAUUUUGGGAUUGAUUUCAAAGACAAAGGUGAUACUACUUGUUCCCAAACUAACUGUACUGAAGAAGAAUCUCUUGUCCAAGCUUCAACAGAUGCGACAGUUGGUGGUCCUCGUAGAAAAGUACUUGCAUCAUUCAGCUGGCCUAGUCAAUUAUACCAAUGCCAAUUUUUGUCAGAACGAGUCUCUAUCAGUCAUUGAUGGUUUAAGAAAUCCAACAUGGAGAGAGUGGAGCUUUCAAAGAGCAGGAUUUGCUGGCAAGGAAUUUGAAGAUAUUUCAGGGUAUGAGUCACUCAAAAUAAGAAAUAAAUCCAAUGAACUAGACAGAAGAAAGGAGUCAUGUGCUUCGGGAAAAGAUGUUAAUCACAAUGAAAUACAAAGUCGUCUUGAGCACUUGAAGUUGAAACUUUCAUCUGUACUGCAGACAUUGAGGUCUAAUGUUACCGAGGUUUCAUCACAGGAGGGUGAUGGAAGUUCCACGGACAGUUUCCAUAAGCUUUCUGAUGCUUGGGAGUUCCAGGAAAAUGAAAUAUUGAAUGCCCAGGACAGUUUGCGAUCACUACGGGCAAGGCUGGCAGUUUUAGAAGGGAAGAUGGCAUUGGCAAUAAUAGAUGCACGGAAGACUGUGGACGAGAAACAUAAAAGGAUUGAUCAUGCUCGUAGAGCUUUACAACUUCUUCGUACUGCUUGCAUAGUAUGGCCUAAUUCUGGAUCAGAGGUGCUGUUGGCAGGAUCAUUUGAUGGGUGGACAACCAAGAGAAAGAUGGAGAAAUCGAGUGGUGGUGUUUUUUCUGUACACUUGAAGUUGUAUCCAGGGAAAUACGAGAUUAAAUUCAUCGUUGAUGGUGAAUGGAAGCUUGAUCCCUUGCGCCCUAUCGUUAACUACAAUGGAUUUGAGAACAAUCUACUUAUCAUCACAUGAGGAGGCCAGACUUCUAGAGGCAUACAGUGGGCAUGGUAAGAUCAUUCAUCACAAAAAUGGUAACAUAGGAUUAAAUGCAUUUGAUUUUUCUUUUUUAGUUUCCUUAUUGUA